UAUAGAGAGGGCCUCUCGUAAAAGGGGCGUGGGAAAGCGUGUUCGCGGGGAAAGCUGGGAAACUCUCGUACUCUGCCACCAUCUUGCUUUCCUGUAACCCGGCAGGGGCCGUGGGACAGAGAAACCUUGAGCCAUGAAGCUGCUAACCAGAGCCAGGACCCUCUCGAGGUUUUACUCCCUCAAAGUUGCUCCCAAAGUUAAAGCCACAGCUGCCCCUGCAGGAGCGCCUGCACAGCCUCAGGACCUCGAGUUUACCAAAUUACCAAAUGGUUUAGUGAUUGCGUCCCUGGAAAACUAUGCUCCUGCAUCAAGAAUUGGUUUGUUCAUUAAAGCAGGCAGUAGGUAUGAGGACUCCAACAACUUGGGAACCUCUCAUUUGCUGCGUCUUGCAUCCAGUUUGACUACAAAAGGUGCUUCAUCUUUCAAGAUAACCCGUGGAAUUGAAGCAGUUGGUGGUAAAUUAAGUGUGACUACAACAAGGGAAAACAUGGCUUACACCGUGGAAUGCCUACGCGAUGAUGUUGAUAUUCUAAUGGAGUUCCUGCUCAAUGUCACCACAGCACCAGAAUUUCGUCGAUGGGAAGUUGGUGCCCUUCAGGCUCAGCUAAGAAUUGACAAAGCUAUGGCUUUCCAGAAUCCACAGGCUUGUGUCCUUGAAAAUUUACAUGCUGCAGCUUUCCGGAAUGCCCUGGCUAAUUCUUUAUAUUGUCCUGAUUAUAGGAUUGGAAAAAUAACAACAGAGGAGUUGCAUUACUAUGUUCAGAACCAUUUUACAAGUGCAAGAAUGGCUUUGAUUGGACUUGGUGUGAGUCAUCCUAUUCUAAAACAAGUUGCCGAGCAGUUUCUCAACAUGAGAGGUGGGCUGGGUUUAUCUGGUGCAAAGACCAUAUACCGUGGAGGUGAAAUUCGAGAACAGAAUGGAGACAGUCUGGUACAUGCUGCUCUCGUAGCAGAAAGUUCUGCCCUAGGAAGUGCAGAGGCGAAUGCGUUCAGUGUGCUCCAGCAUGUGCUCGGGGCCGGACCACACGUCAAGAGAGGCAGCAACACCACCAGCGCACUGUACCAGGCAGUCGCCAAGGGAGUUCACCAGCCAUUUGACGUUUCUGCUUUGAAUGCCAGUUACUCAGAUUCCGGACUCUUUGGGAUUUACACUAUCUCACAGGCUUCAGCUGCAGGAGAUGUUAUCAAAGCUGCCUAUAACCAAGUAAAAACAAUUGCUCAGGGAAACCUUUCUGAUACAGUCGUCCAAGCUGCCAAGAACAAGCUGAAAGCUGCUUACUUAAUGUCCGUGGAGUCUUCUGAGGGUUUCCUGGAUGAAGUCGGAUUCCAAGCUCUGAUUGCUGGUUCAUAUGUGCCACCAACCACAGUCCUUCAGCAGAUUGACUUAGUGACCACCGCCGAUGUCACAAAUGCUGCAGUGAAGUUUGUUUCUGGGAAGAAGUCGAUGGCAGCAAGUGGAAAUUUGGGGCAUACACCUUUCAUUGAUGAACUGUAAUCCUGAAGUACCUAGUACAUGAGAGAAGCCAAAUGUUUUCUCAACCCAGAGCCACAAACACAUGAAAGUCAAAAGUCUCUAACAUCUUUUUGUUUCCAAUGAAGUGAGACAUCUUGAAGCAUAAAUGUGGGUAAUUAUUCCCAACUAACUUAAAGUCAAUAAAACAUUCUGUU